AUGGCUUUGUUGGUUCGUUCACUCACUCGAGCAAAUAUUGUGCUUGGCUCAGUCGGACGUGGUAUUUCAACUUCCAACUGCCUAUCGAGCAAGGAUGACAUAAUGGAGAAAUGGCCAGCAGAGACUCUUACUGAACUUCAUGACUAUGACGUCAUCCCUGACCCAAAGGUCGUUGAAGCCGCUCUACGUGCUUGUCGCCGGGUGAACGACUUUGCUUUGUGCGUUAGGUUUUUGGAAGCUCUCAAGAUAAAGUGUGGUACGAAGAAGAACAGAGCGAUGAUCUAUCCAUACAUCAUUAAUGAGAUAAAGCCUGUUCUAAGUGAACUUGGAAUUUCGACUCCCGAAGAUCUCGGAUAUGACAAACCAGAGUUAUUCAUUCCUCAGCCCGAGUAUUGGUGGGAGAAGAAAUGGUAUGCUGAGUAUGGAUUCGACAAGUACCCGGCUUUCCAGUACUAA